UCAGAGGGGAUGGCUGCAGGAAGCCCUACGGGAGUGGCCUCUGCCACAAAACAAGCUGUGCCGGCUUUAUCCGUGCAGCCCCCGGGGGCCAGACACAAGGGUGAAGGGCUCUUCACCACCUUCCAGCGACCCCUCGCAGCACAGCGCGCCCACGGACACCCGCAGCGUGCUGACGGCGGGUUUGGUUGGGGGUCUCUGCUGUUCUGGGCGCGCACCGACUUCGAAGGCUCAUCCCCAGAUCGCUGCUGGCCCCAGAUCCACCCAGCAAUGGGGACAGUGGAUCCUGAAAGAAGCCGCUGUGCCCCGGCUCGUGGCUUGCACCCAGAGUUGCUCCCACAUCCUGACGGCAUUCCUUGGGCACUAGACAAAAGCGCCUUUGAUUUAUUUUCACGUGCUGCUUGCGAGGCCAUUGCUUCACUGGUCAGCAAUGUUUCCCCUUACCAAGGCCAUGAUCUAGAACAAUGUUUGCCUGUAACAUUUUUGACAUGAUUUUUGGGACACAAGUCCUUUAUUUCCCACAAGCCCAGUGCAUUUGGGAGUAUUUUCUGACGCUCCAGUUUGUUGUUCCCCGCUUGGUGCCUUUUCCCCGCCUCUUCAUCAUCUGCUGGUUUAACUCCAAAAUGCACCAAGCUGAAGCCUAGGGGAGGAAUAAUUUUUGGGGACGGUAGCAAAAAGCUACAUCCAUCAAAACCAACUGAAAACAAGUGUUUGGGGAGAAAAAAAAUAUCCUUUUUAUUCUUCCCUUGGCAAAGACAUGAAGGUUGUUCUUACUUGAUAAAUAUUUGCUACAGAUUGGGCGGGGGGUUUCUUGUAAAAAUAGCUCCGAUGGCAUGGCUUUUGCUUCUCUGAGAAGAAACUCAAAUCUGUUGAUGUUUUACUGUGGGAUCUGGAACCAGGACAAGAUCAAAACCCGGAAGAGUUUAAAGAGCAUCCUGGCAAAACCCCGGGACUGAGAAGAACCUGGCUGGUCCCUGGUGCCGUGCUGCGGUCUCGGGGUGUCCUUGACCUUCCUUACCUUGCUUCUGGUGGAGGUGAGGGACACGCUCGUCCCCAGAGGGUACUGCUGUCCCCUCAGAGGCACCAGGGAUGGCAGAAGCUGUUCCCGAUGCAGGGCAAACAAAGCGUGGCACAAGCCAAUAAAGUCAAGGCUGGCUUGGAAAAACAAAGUGAAUCCCUUUUUUCUGAAGGUGGAAAUCACGUUUUCCUUCCUACCAUGCAUGUAGACCGGAUGAAAGGAAAAUACUGCUUUUUUCCCGGGACAGGCGAAGACCCACCCACCGUGACGAUUCUGUCGCAGCGGACAGCGGAGGAAGGGAGCCGUUUUAGCCUCAAGUGCAUUAAAGAUAAAAAAAUCCCCAUCGGGGUCACCGUGGUCAUAGCAGCAUUGCUCAUCACCAUCAUCGCGCUGGCAGCUAAGAAACGCCCGUCCUGUCCCUCCUGCCCCUCUCCCGUCCUUCCCAGCUGCCUGGAAAAUGGGAUCGGGUACAGGGGGAAGUGCUUUUACUUCACGGAGGACGAAGCGGACUGGAACAGGAGUCAGAUCUCUUGCCUUUCUCAUGGAGCCCACUUGGCCACCAUCGACACCCAGGAGGAGCUGCGUUUUCUCUUGCGCUACGGGAAGCUUUUGCAUUACUGGGUUGGUCUGCGAAGGGAAGGUGCUGGACCUUGGAAAUGGUUCAACGAGUCUCUCUUCAACAACAUGUUCGAUGUCCGGGGCAAUGGACAAUGUGCCUAUAUCAAUGCUGACGGGAUCAGCAGUGACUGGUGCUCCCAGAUGAAAUACUUUGUCUGCAGCCACUGGCAAAAGCUCCCCAACAGGACUCAGAAGGAUUUUAAAACCCUUCUGGAUUUCUCCUGACAUUUCCUCCUCGUCAGAGGAGAUCAGCCACAAGGUGCUAUUAACCCCAUGCAACAAGGCAGUGAGUUUUCCGAUGGAGCAUGUUUAUUUCAGUUUUAACUUAGAAAAGUCAAAACUCCUCAUGACAACGACACGGAGCUGUGACCAAAGGAUCCUUGCUUUACUCUAACCGCUAGUGUCUUUCCAGCUUUUGCAGUUGUGAGGAGGCUUGGCAAUAUUCCGGAGGCUUGGGAAUAUGCAAGAGACUUGGAAAACUCCCUGCUUUGCUGGCAGUUGCUGCGCUGUGAAGCUCAGUUUUGCUGGUUUUGGGGUGUCUUUUUUUUUUUUUUUUUUUUUUUUUGUGUGUGUGUGGAUUUGGAGGAGCUGGAGGUGAGGGGCAGAAAUGCAAAGUGGAGAAAUAAAGUAGAAUUGCUUCGGGGUCCCUCUGGCCAGUGCGUGGGAGAAGCCCCCAGCCUCAGCAAGGAGCCACCAAACUGCUGCUCGGGGAUGUUGUCACGGCUUAAACACACCGGUGACUGAGCCCCACGCAGCCCACCCCCCACAGUGGGAUGGGGGAGCCGAUCAGAAGAGUAAAAGUGAGGAAACUCAUGGGCUGAGGUAAAGACGGUUUAAUAGGUGAAGCAAAAGCCGCACAUGCAAGAAAAGCAAAACAAGGAAUUUGUUCACCGCUCCGCGUCGGCAGGCAGGUGCUCAGCCAUUGCCACCAGCUUUGUGGGAAGACCCAAAUAUUGUCCUUGAACCUUCCCAGCUCCUUUUUGAGCUGGAGGGAAACCAAAAACCGAAAGCAACCAAACAAGAAGCCCCGUGCUGGUUUCCACCCCCAGCAGCGUCUCGCUCACCUCCGCCCUGCGAGGCGCCAAAGGAUGUGGCUUUUUGCAGCAUCCACUCACAGGAUGCUCUUGUGCCUCUACUGACAAAAUUAUCAUCCGCUGCCAGAAAGCUCAAAACAUGGGGCAGAGCAGAAAGAACAUCUCCAAUGUGCGGUCACUUUGUCCUUUUGUGUCCGCGUGGCUGCAAAAGAGCGAGUUUGAGGUGCUUCUUUUGAGGCCUUGGUACUUUCAGUUCUCUAAUUUUGGUGCAGCUUAUGACCCUUCAAGUGAGCUGUGAGGUUUUCACAUGAAAUAGCAAGAGAAAAGAAAAAGAAGCAACCAGAAAUGGUCUUCCUCCUUUGCUUGGGCUGGGAUGAGGCAACUGACUUGGCUGGAAGAUGGUGAUGGGGUCGCUAUUAUUGCUUGUUUUUAUUAGGAGAAGGGGAAAUAAUGCACCCUGUAGAAAUACCUAAGAAGUAGAAUUUAUUGUCAGACCGACAGAUGCUUUAACUUGAAGUACAACUGCUUCUUAAUGCUCCAGUUACAGAAAUAAUCCAAAUGACUUGAUUUUUGUUGAGGCUUAUCCAUAACACAGGCAGUCCAAAGACAGUCCUUUCCUUGGAUAUUCAGCUCUUUGCCACCCAAUGUGGUGGCACAGUGAGGUUUUCAGCAUCCCAUAUCCCCUGGAAUAAUAAAAUAUUGGUGGUGGA